UUCCUGUCAUCUGAAGCGGAAGUGUGAACGGUGACUCGUUGCUGAGCAACGAUAAACAGCCUAGAAGAGCUUAACCGCCAUUCAGCUGUCUUGUUAAGAAGAACUAAUGAUAAAAAGAAUGAUAAACAUAGCGUCGCUUUAAUAAAUAUAUGGGAAUAGUUUAUUUAGAUUGGUUUUGACCAGCAUGCCACACCUCGGGAGUUGUAAACACAUUUUACUUCACUGUCCAGGCAUAAUCCCGAGAAGAAGGACUUUUUAGGAAGAACAGCAGGGAAGUUGGUCAUGUAUUCUUUUCAGAAAGGGCAUCCCAGGAGCCAGAGAGGGCCAGAAGAAGAUCACGGCAAACAGAAGUUAUGUGGGAUGGCUAAGUCUUUACCUGUGGAUACAACUGUCCCUCCUUCUCUGGCCCCUGUUGAUGUGGAAAUGCUGAGAUCUAGACUGAUCUCAGCUGUGCCCAGACACCCACAGCCGAAUGCUGAUGCUCUGGUGUUUCCUCACAGAACCAGGGCUCAAGAGAGACAAUGGGCCACACAGAAACCAGCACAAGUUGAGAUGUUGCCUGUUCUAAAGAGACGUAGUGGAUAUAUGAAACCGGACAACAACCAGAAGCUGACUCCUAAGAUGCCCUUUCAAUUUGAUGAGGUCCAGUCUAUUGAUUCUUCUACAGAGAGAGGACCCUCCGUAUUACAGCUUCCCAAAAUUCCACACUGCAUCAAAGAUAGACAGGUGCAGUUGACUCAGGGCUCACUCAGGAUACCCUCCCCACCUAAAAGAGUAAAAAGCUCCUCCAAAAGUUGUCCAGUUCCAUCUCUGAGCUACACUCCCUCUCCACCGCUUUCUGGUUCACUGCUGUUUGACUCAGUGGAUGAAUUAAUACGUGCUAAGAUUUGCUCCCCACCCCACAUCGUCCAAGCCAUCCGGACUAACCCUCACCUGGGAUUCUUCUAUUUGACGUCUUCAGUACCUAAAUCGUCAAUUAACUUUGACACAUAUAACCUCAAAAUUGCAACAUUUGGCAAUAUCAACAAGUCAGACUACUAUACAGUUAGCACUCAUGCAGUGACACAUUACUGUGGGUCAGAAGUGGACUGUUUGCCUUUAGAGCGUUGGGAGCAGGAGUACCAAUUUCACCGAAAGCUGUUGCGGAUCCCUGUGUUUGCCCUAUUUCGUAAGUGGAAGGCUUUCCGUGUGUGGCGUGCCAAUGUACGCUAUAAGAAAAUCAGCAAAUGCAGACGUUCACUACAAGAGAAUCUCUUUGUUCUCAAUGAGUCUCUGCGACCGGCACUAAUUGACAUCAGGGAAAUGUGUUACCACAUCAGUGACAUGCCACUUUGUCGACUAGAGAAAGACCACACAUUUACACUGAAGGAGUUUCAGAGCGCACAAUACACACAGCUGGAGGAGGUGUCAUCCCGUUUGGAGAAGUUCAGAGAGCUGGUAAUGGAAGUGGCUAGAAAUGCAUGUCGAAAUGCUUUGAAAGAGUUUGGACACACACCUGAUUAUGGCGAAGUGGAAACUGAUGGCAAUGAAGAAUUAGCAUCACCUGCUUUUAAAUUGGUCUUUGAGGACACACCUGAGAAGAUGACUUACACGCAGCAAGCCAACAAGAGCUACCACUGCAAACGCCUUACUUGUUUCAUCAGACUUGCAGAUUAUCUGAUUGUGAACACAACCCACAUGCUUGUGGUCAACUCGGUCAGUAAGCUACUAAGAGUUUUUCAGGAGCAUAUCACACACACCCCUUCACCCGCCCUCAUUCAGAGCUGGACGGGUAACGAGAUCAGCCAUGAUACUGAUAUAAAGGUGACAGCAGAGCAGAAUAUCAGUGCUUACCACCAGCCAAUGUUCAUAACUGAGCUGAUGCUGGACACACACUCCUUAUCAUACCAGCCCUCCAAUGAAGACUUCCAGGAGUGUGUAGCAGAGAUUAUUGGGCAGUUUGAGAAGACAGUUUUGUCUCUGGAUACACUGGUGCAAGACACUUACUUUGAUGCUUUUACUCAACCCAUUAUAAACCAAAAGGUUGAGGAGAAAAUAUGUGGGGAUGGUCCUAGUGUGGAGGAAAUUCUUGAAGAAGAUGCUUAUCUGCAAGACAUCAUUCUUAACAUUAAGCAAUCAAUUCAGACUGCAUUCGUUACUGCUAACGUAUACGCUCGGACAUUUGAGCCGUUCAGACUGUUUUACAAAGAGAAUGAAGACCUGGACCUGGAGGCUCUCAAAGAGCAAGAGCAUGAGGUUGUGUUUUUUGAGAACAGUCUGGAUAAAUAUCAUCAAGAGCAUAAAGAAGCUUUAGCCAUCCAACAGAAGAGACCUCUAGGAAUUCUACUGGUGGACACUACAGAACUGAAGCACAGACUUAUACCAUCUCCUCUGCGCUGCAUUGAGGCUAUUAAUGAUAUUCUACCUCGGCUGGCAAAGAAAAAGAUGGAUGACAUCAUUGCAGAGGCUCAGGAUGCCCAGUUCAAACUGGACUUUGUUCCAACUGUAACCACUGAAUAUGUUGACUCCCUCAACUUCCUGGAUGAAAUUCAGAAAAGGAUCGAGGUGCUUGAAAAGGAGACUGUGACCGUCAGUGAGAUGUACAAGUUGAUUGAGUGUUACUCUGUCCCCACACCUCCCGAAGAUAUUGCAGUGUAUGCCACGUUGCCACCAUGCAUAACUGCUGUAAGAAACACCAUCGACAAGGCAGUGGGAGAGCGAGACUCUUAUGUGGACAAAUUUUGCCAACAUCUCCAGCAAGACAUCGGUCAACUGAACAAUACAGUACAGGAAGUGAAAGCGGAGGCAGAGAACCAUCAGCUCCUUGACAUUGAUGCAGAUCGUUCUCACAUACGACGGUUGCUUGGAGAUAUUCAGAUCUCUAUUGAUGAGCUGCAGUCUCAAGCCUUCAAAUAUAAAACAUACCAGAAGAACUUUAAGGUGGAGGUGACUAAAUAUGACACUCUUGAGGAAUUGACUGCAGAAGUGAAGCUGAAGCAGUUACUCUGGGACUCUCUUGAGGAAUGGGAAAGUCUGGAGAACGGCUGGUUGCAGGAUAAGUUUGAUGAGCUGGACCCAGAACUGCUGAGCAAGCAGGUGAACAGGUUUGUCAAAUAUGUCAGCCAGCUGGAGAAGGGACUGCCACCAAACAAUGUGGUGCCCUUCCUCAAAGCAAAAGUGGAGAGCAUGAGAGAAAAGUUACCGGUGAUCACAGACCUUCGUAACCCAUGUCUGAAAGCUCGUCACUGGGAGAUGUUGGAAGCAAUUGUGGACUCUAAACUACUAGAGGAGGCAAAGACUCUUGCCACCCUGCAAAAUAUUGAUAUCUUCCAAUUUGGAUUUCAAAUACAGGAGGUGUCUGGACAAGCCUCAGGAGAAGCAUCUCUGGAGAACAUUCUCAGAAAGAUUGAGGAUUCCUGGAAGACGACAGAGUUUAUAGUGCUGCCUCAUCGGGACACUAAGGAUGUGUUUAUUCUUGGUGGAACCGAUGACAUUCAGGUGCUUCUUGAUGACAGUAUAGUCAACGUUGCAACUGUUGCAUCAUCCCGUUACGCAGGCCCAAUCAAAGCCAGAGUUGACAAAUGGCAGAGACAGCUUUUGCUGUUCAACCAGACCUUGGAUGAGUGGUUGCUAUGUCAAAGAAGCUGGCUUUAUCUUGAGAGUAUUUUCAGUGCUCCUGACAUUCAGAGGCAGCUGCCUGCUGAGGCUAAGAUGUUCCUGCAAGUGGACAAGUCCUGGAAAGAGAUCAUGAGGAAGGUCAACCGCAUGCCAAAUGCCCUCCGUGCAGCCACACAAACAGGGAUUUUGGAUGUUUUUCAAAAUAAUAAUGCACUUCUUGAACGGAUACAGAAAUGCCUGGAGGCUUACCUAGAAUCUAAGAGAGUUAUUUUCCCAAGGUUCUACUUUCUAUCUAAUGAUGAACUGUUGGAGAUUUUGGCUCAGACACGGAACCCUCAGGCUGUGCAGCCUCAUCUCAGGAAGUGUUUUGAUGCGAUAUCCCAGUUGGAGUUUGCCACGCUUACACCUACGACACCUGAAGGGGAUGACACUGUCGAGAAAAUACAGUAUACUAAUGACAUCUUAUCCAUGGUAUCUCCAGAGGGAGAAAAGGUGGUAUUGGGCAAAGGACUGAAGGCUCGUGGAAAUGUAGAGGACUGGUUGGGAAAGGUGGAGGAGGCCAUGUUCUCUUCUCUUAGAAGACUCAGUAAGGCUGCAAUUGCCGACUAUCAGAGCAAACCCAGAGUUGAGUGGGUUGUGGCUGGACAUCCAUCACAGGUGGUGUUGACCAUCUCUCAGCUCAUGUGGUGCAGGGACAUGGACAACUGCCUAGAAGGAGAACAUGACCAUUUUCAAGCGCUACAAGAGUUUGAGAUCACUAACUUUGAGAGACUGAAUGCUCUUGCUGCUUUGGUCCGUGGGAAUUUGCCUAGUCUUCAUCGGAACAUCAUCACAGCUCUCAUCACCAUAGAUGUGCAUGCCAGAGAUAUCGUCACAGAUCUCGUCAAAGAGCAGGUGGAUUCUAGCGAUAAUUUCGAGUGGCAGAGGCAGUUGCGAUAUUAUUGGGAUGUGGAUCUGGAUGAUUGUGUGGCCCGGAUGGCACUUUCUCAAUAUAUUUAUGGAUAUGAAUAUUUGGGAGCAUGUCCCCGUCUAGUAAUCACUCCACUGACGGAUCGCUGUUACCUCUGCCUAAUGGGAGCGCUGCAGCUGGAUCUCGGAGGAGCUCCUGCAGGUCCAGCAGGCACAGGCAAAACUGAGACCACAAAAGACCUUGCAAAGGCUCUGGCAAUCCAAUGUGUGGUGUUUAACUGCUCAGAUGUACUUGACUAUAAGAUGAUGGGGACAUUCUUCAGCGGUUUGGCUCAGUCAGGUGCCUGGUGCUGCUUUGAUGAGUUCAAUCGCAUUAACAUCGAAGUGCUGUCAGUCAUUGCUCAACAACUUAUCACUAUUAGAAAUGCCAAGGCAGCCAAGCUGAGUCGAUUCAUGUUUGAGGGGAGAGAGAUAAAAUUGGUGAUGACAUGUGCAGCUUUCAUCACCAUGAACCCUGGUUACGCUGGCAGAACUGAACUCCCUGACAACCUGAAAGCUCUUUUCCGACCUAUCGCCAUGAUGGUGCCCAACUAUGCACUCAUCGCUGAGGUGAUCCUGUACUCUGAGGGCUUUGAGUCCAGUAAGACUCUUGCGAGGAAGAUGACUCAAAUGUACAAGCUCUGCAGUGAGCAGCUCUCUCAGCAGGAUCACUAUGACUUCGGGAUGAGAGCUGUCAAAUCCGUGCUGGUCAUGGCAGGGUCAUUAAAAAGAGAAAAUCCGAACCUGAGUGAGGAUGUUGUGUUGAUCAGAGCUCUGCGAGACUCAAACCUGCCCAAGUUCCUCAAAGAUGAUGCUGCGCUUUUCAGUGGCAUCUUGUCAGAUCUCUUCCCUGGCGUCACCAUUCCAGAGCAUGAUUACGGUGUCCUGCAGUCCACCAUACACUCAUCCCUGUGCCAGCGCUCUCUCCAGCCCCUUCCCAGCAUCAUUAGCAAGGUUAUCCAGCUCUAUGAAACCAUGCUUGUUCGCCAUGGCGUUAUGCUUGUGGGACCCACUGGCAGCGGCAAGACCACUGUCUACCGCGUGCUGGCAGACACCUUGGAUACCCUUCAUCAUGCCGGGCACCAAAAUCCCUUCUUUCGCCCUGUUAAAACCUAUGUGCUCAACCCAAAGUCAGUGAGCAUGGGUGAGCUCUACGGUGAGGUGAAUCCACUGACGCUGGAGUGGCGGGACGGUCUGAUGGCACUUUGUGUUCGGGCCGCAGUUCAAGACUUCAGUGAUGACCACAAAUGGGUGAUCAGCGAUGGUCCUGUGGAUGCGCUGUGGAUUGAGAAUAUGAACACAGUGCUGGAUGAUAACAAGAUGCUCUGCUUGGCCAACAGUGAAAGGAUUAAGCUCACACCUUCCAUUCACAUGAUGUUUGAGGUUCAAGAUCUUGCGGUGGCGUCUCCUGCAACAGUAAGUCGUUGUGGGAUGGUGUACAUUGACCCAGAGGAGCUUAAGUGGAUGCCGUACGUUCAGACGUGGUUAACAGGAUUCGCAGAGAAGAUUUCCGAUCCUGUUCGCGGAUAUCUGAUGGAGCUGUUUGAACAGUAUGUGGAGAAAGGUCUGCAGUUUGCAUCAAAGCACUGUGUGCAGGCUGUUGCUCAGGUGGACAUCAGUAAAGUCACAACCCUCUGCUGCCUUUUGGAAGCGUUACUGUUCAGCGAUGGUGCCCCUAGCCUCAAAAUGGAAUCCAGUAAGUUGAACAAUGUGUUGUGUCAGACGUUUGUGUUCUGCUACCUCUGGGCAGUUGGGGGAAAUUUAAUUGAAAGCCACUGGGAUACUUUUGACACCUUCGUCAGGCAGCAGUUUGAGGACAAUACUGAUGCAAAGUUGCCCAGCGUAGGUGAUUUAUGGAGCGUCUAUAUGAACUUUGAUAUUAAAUGUUUGGAGCCAUGGGAAAGGAUCAUUCCCGUCUUCAGUUAUAACAGUGAGAUACCCUUCUUUGAGAUGCUGGUACCCACCACAGACACAGUGAGGUACGGAUACCUGAUGGAAAAACUGCUGUCUGUCAAUCACUCUGUCCUCUUCACUGGCAUCACUGGUGUGGGAAAGUCUGUGGUGGCACGGGCACUGCUGAACAGUGUGCAGGAAAAGGCAGGUUAUGUCCCCGUAUAUAUCAACUUCUCAGCUCAAACUUCAUCUGCCAGAACACAAGAGAUUAUUGAGUCAAAACUGGAGAAGAAGAGAAAGAACAUACUUGGAGCUCCUGCUAAUAAAAAGAUUGUGGUGUUUGUGGAUGAUCUGAACAUGCCAAAGCUGGACAGUUAUGGCUCUCAGCCCCCUAUAGAGCUGCUCAGACAAUUCCAGGACUUUCAUGGCUUCUAUGACAGAGAAAAGUUCUUCUGGAAGGAGAUACAUGAUAUGACCAUAGCAGCAGCCUGUGCUCCUCCUGGUGGAGGUCGUAAUCCUGUGACCCCUCGUUUCAUCCGGCACUUCAGCAUGCUGUGCCUCCCAACACCCUCUGAGAGCAGCCUCAAACAGAUUUUUAAGGCUAUUUUGGGUGGUUUCCUUACCGAAUUUUCCACGGCGGUCAAGCAGGCUGCUGACAGCAUUGUGGACGCUGCUGUUGAGAUCUACCAUCGCAUGAGUGUAGAUCUGCUACCUACACCAGCCAAAUCCCAUUACGUGUUCAACCUUCGAGACCUGUCUAAAUGUGUGCAGGGUAUGCUGCAGUGUGAGCCAACUACGGUUAGAGAUCAAACCCAUAUCUUCCGUUUGUUCUGUCAUGAGUGUCAACGUGUCUUCCACGAUCGACUCAUAAACAACGAAGACAAAAGCUACUUCAAUACCAUGAUCUCUGAGAUGGCCAGUAAAUAUUUCAGCAUAAACAUAGAGCCAGCAUACUUUGUGAAUCAGCCCAUCAUUUUUGGAGAUUUCAUCAAGGUUGGAGCAGACAAGGCUGAUCGUGUCUAUGAGGAUCUAACUGACAUGGACAAGAUUCGCCAGGUGCUUCAGGACUACCUGGAUGACUACAACACAACCUUUGCAAAGGAAACCAAGCUGGUUUUCUUUCAAGAUGCCAUUGAACACGUGUCUAGAAUUGCCCGCAUGAUUCGCCAAGAGCGUGGCAAUGCCCUGUUGGUUGGUGUGGGUGGCACAGGAAAGCAAUCUCUGACACGUCUGGCUGCUCACAUGUGUGGUUACCGUUGCUUUCAGAUUGAGUUGAGCCGUGGUUAUAAUUACGACAGCUUCCAUGAAGACCUGCGUAAACUUUACAGAAUGGCAGGUGUGGAAGGCCAGGACAUGGUCUUCCUCUUCACGGACACUCAG